AUGUCGAUGGACCAAGCAAUUUGUGAAGAAGCAUUGUACAUCACUAUAUAUGAUGAUAGUGAUCAUUAUAAUUCUUGCAACGUUAAUGUUCCGUCGCUUAGUGAAGAUGACACACAACAUGUGAACAAAUUUAGUUUCAAUUGUUUAUUAGUUGGGGAAAGAUCUAUAAACGUUGUUCAAUUAGAGGACGAUGUAAUGGCAGUGAAUCAUGAGUUAUCCGAUCACACUGAAAUUCCAAUAGAAGAAAUCCUGUACGUAGGAUUGAGAGUUGUUUCCUUGCAGCGGGCACAAGAGUUUUAUUCUAAUUAUGUAGAAAAAGUUAGCUUCGUGACUAGGAUUAGAAAUACUAACUUUGACAAGACCAGAAAGGAAUCAAAGAUACCCAUUAACCAAUUGUUACACUGUAGUCAUGAAGGUUAUCGGGAAUCUCGAGUGAAGGUAGCAACUCGGAUAAAGAGAAUAAUAACAGCCAGAUGCAAAGCAAGGAUGUACAUGAUACUUGAUAGGAAGAAGGAUAAUUGGAUGGUGUCCAAAUUAAAACUGAAGAACACUUAUCCGUGUUCUGCCAAGCAAGCUGUGCAUUACACUGAGUACAGAAAACUGACCAUGCAUGCCAAGUGUGUGAUUCAGAACAACGAUGAGGCUGGCAUACGGCCCAACAAGACUUAUCUCGCACUGACGAAUGAGGUUGGUGGCUCGUUGAAUUUGGGUUACUCAGAAAAGGACGUGAGGAACUACAUUACGAGCAAUCUGCGUUGUGCUGAUGGAAACGCAUAUGUGAAGGAAAUGAUUAGCUAUUUCAUGCGAAUGAAAGAUAUCAACCUGAAUUUCUUUUAUGCAGUUGAUGUAGAUAAAACUAACAAAUUUAAAAGUGUGCUCUGGGUAGAUGCAAGAUGUAGGGCGUCUUAUGAAUAUUAUGGUGACGUAGAAUCGUUUGAUACAACGUACAGUAGAAACAAGCACGGACUUCCAUUUGCAUCUUUUGUUGGUGUCAACCAUUACGGCAAGUGCACGCUGCUCGGAUGCGCUUUGCUAGAAAAUGAGAAAAUUCGUAGCUUUGAGUGA